AUGGCUACAAAAAAUGAAACACGUAUCAGUAACUUUAUCUUGCUUGGACUGUCUUCUGAAUUUCAGCCAUUGUUAUUUGGAAUAUUCAUCAUAAUUUACCUCUUCACUUUGAUAGGGAAUACAAUGAUAAUUAUAAUAGUGUCCUUAGAUUCCCAUCUUCAUACACCUAUGUAUUUUUUCCUUAGAAGCUUAUCUGUCACAGAAAUGCUGUACACCUCUGUAACUGUGCCUCGGAUGCUCAGAGACUUCUUGCACAAAGACAAAGAAAUCUCCCAUAUAAGCUGUGCAGCACAGUUCUACUUCUUCUGCUGUUUAGGUGCCGCUGAAUGCUUUAUACUUGCUUUCAUGGCUUAUGACCGAUAUUUAGCUAUUUGCCAUCCUCUUCACUAUAUGACAAAAAUGACAAAAAAUAAGUGUCUAUAUUUUUCAUUGGGAUCAUGGCUGAGCGGUUUAGUUUUGCCUCUGGGCAACAUCAUUAUGGUCUUUGGACUACCAUUUUGUAAUUCAAAUAUUAUUGACCAUUUCUUUUGUGACAUAUUACAGGUCAUACAUUUGGCAUGUGCUGAGGUGCCUCCAAGUACUCUAGUUGUAGUUAAGUUAUAUGUUUUAAUUUAUUCAUUUUUGGUUAUACCCUUACCUUUUAUGCUAAUUCUUUUGUCCUAUACUCGCAUAUUUAUUAGUAUACUCCGGAUACGCUCUACAGCUGGACGUAAAAAGGCUUUUUCUACAUGUGGUUCUCAUCUCAUGUCUGUGAGUCUGUUCUUUGGAUCAGCUACCAUAACAUACUUAAGAACAGAAGCCAUUAAAACUUAUGGGGGCCCCAAAGUAUGGUCACUUCUGUUCCUUGUUUUUGUGCCUAUGCUAAAUCCCUUGAUAUAUAGUUUGAGGAACAAUGAAAUUAAAAUUGCAUUAAAGAAGCUUGGGCAUAAAGCUUUCUCUGGAGUUUACUCAAAAUCGAUUUUGUAA